CCCAGACCCUUUCCCAUCGUCACAGUUCAUUGUUUUCUAUGUCCUUAGAAUUUUUCCUCGUCUCUGGUGUUAAUAUCCUUGGGCACUCCACCACCCCGUUCCAGCCAUCCUCUUUUUGUCUCUCUCCUUUGCACAAUGGGCUUCUUUGGAUCUGAUGAGUUUUUGGUGAUGUUCGUGCCCAUCUUAGUUUAUUGGGUUUACUCAGGGAUCUAUGAGGUGUUGAGCCCUUUGGAGAAUUAUAGGUUGCACUCGAAAAGAGAUGAGGAAAUCAAGAAUUUGGUUUCCAAGCGGGAUGUAGUUAAAGGGGUCCUCUUCCAACAAGCAAUUCAGGCAGCAAUUUCACUAGCUGCAUGCAAGGUGAGUGGUCAAGAUGCUGAAGCCGCAGCCAGCCCAGACUCGUAUCUUCUUACGGUGGCAAGACAGUUCUUCAUUGCAAUGGUCGUCUUCGAUACAUGGCAAUACUUCGUACACAGAUACAUGCACCUUAACAAGUUUCUCUACCGCAACUUCCAUUCAUGGCACCAUCGCAUCGCUGCGCCGUAUGCCUUCGCGGCACAAUACAAUCAUCCGAUCGAUGGAAUUGUAACGGAGACCCUCUCCGGCGCCAUGGCAUUCUUCAUCUCUGGAAUGUCAUCCCGGACCUCUAUUUUCUUCUUCUCCUUCGCUACCAUCAAAGGGAUCGACGACCACUGUGGGCUGAUGCUUCCUUGGAACCCUUUCCACAUGCUGUUUCGUAACAACACUGCAUACCAUGAUAUCCAUCACCAACUUGCAGGCAGCAAGUGCAACUUCGCACAGCCUUUCUUUGUUAUGUGGGAUAAGAUACUUGGAACUUACGUGCCUUACACCAUUGAGAGAAGGGUUGGAGGUGGCUUUGAAGCCCGAGUGGCAAAACCUUAGGCUCCCCUCUGGGGAGUUCAUGUAGCCAUAAAUGUCUGUUGUAGCUUAGGAUGGCAAGGUGACCAUAAAAUCAAGCAAGGCGUGCACAAGUGGUAGGAGAAUGAUAUAUACAUCUGCUUCUUAUAAAUCUUUUUCCUAUUACUUGUUCUUUCUUGAUACUCGAAGGACAAUUUAUUAAGUUGCGUACAA